AUGAUAUUCAUCGAUCUCAUAAUUGCCUCAUUUUUAUUUCAAACAAUUCAAACUCAAAAUGUUGCAAUUAAACCAAAGAUUAAAGUUGGAAUUUGUGCAGUUCAAGACAUUGAAACCGAUAUGAUUGGAUUCGCACAAGCCGGCGGUGCUGUGGCGAUUUCUUUGAAGAAAUUGCAAGAGCGAGGAUAUCUGAAUGAUUUCGACUUCGAAUUUGUCGUCGAGUAUACCGAAUGUGAUCGUGGAAAUUCGGCAAGAGUCGGACUAUUGUUCAUGCGAAAUUCCGAUAUCGAUGUGAUAAUCGGACCCCCUUGUCCAAGUGCGAUUUCGAUUGUCACAAGCAUGGCAACAAUCUUCAAUAAACUAGUGCUUGGUUGGGGAUUUGUGAGCGAUUCCGAGUUUUCCGACAUGUCACGAUAUCCGAAUUUGGCUUCGAUUAUGACUAAUUCCUUAACAUUAGGGUAUGCGGUGUCGGCGAUUCUCGAAAAAUUUUCUUGGGAAAAAGUUGCGCUUCUCUAUAUGCCAAGCGAGUUGAAAUUUUGUGAAGGUGUCAUCGCCGAUGUUGAGACAGUUCUCAACUAUCCGUCCACCUAUCAAACGAGUAUUGUGUAUAAAAAUAUUCUGAAUAUAAGCAGCGAAUCUGAAACCAAUUCCACACUUCAAAUAGUCAAGUCGAGAUCUCGAGUUAUAAUCGUAUGCCCACAAACAGCUGCUGAAAAACGAAAAUAUUAA